CGUCGAUGCUGGUAGGAGCUCGCUGAGAGAGGGAGGGAACGCGCUUGGACAGUUUUUUUUAAAUAAUAACGUUAAUUUUAUUUUCCGAAUUUAAAGGGAUACAUUACCAUUUAAGUUUCAUCACGUGUAUCAGAGGUGAAUGAAAAUGCCGAGUAACAGGUUUGAAAAAGGGGAAAUGGUAAUGGGUCGUUGGCCGGGCAGCAGUCUAUACUACGAGGUGAAAGUGCUGCAAUACGAUGCUGAAACUCAGCUCUACACUGUGAUUUACAAGGAUGGCACAGAGCUGGAACUGAAGGAGGCUGACAUCAAGCGUGCCUCAGGGUUUCGCCAGGGCCGGAGUCGUUCUCGCUCUCGUUCUCCGUCUCGGAGGCGCAGUCGCUCCCGUUCCCCGGGCAGGACUGCCCGCCGUUCCUCGUCCCGCAGCCGAGAAGCACGCAAGGACCCCAAGCUGAAGGAGGUGCUGGAGGUCAGGCUGUCUCCUGUGGCAAAGCCAGUAGAGAACAAUAGCAACAAUAAGCAUGAAAAGAAAGAGGAAAAUGAUACUGCUAACAUGGUCAACGAGGAAAAGAUCGAGAGUGAUUUAGAGAAGAACCGGGUGGGGGCACGCUAUAACCUGCGUCGCAGGAAGGAUGACUCUGCUCCCAAGCAGACUGAGCAGGAAGAUGAGGAGAAGAAGGCAGCAGAGCCAGUCCUGAAGACCAAGAAAUUUGUAACUGGAAAGACAACAGAGCUGGAGUUUGGUGGUAGAAUAGGGGCAUUCUUCAUGCUGCUGUUCCUUCCAGCCAUGGUCUUCGUCCUUCUGUUGACCUGCCGUCAGAAGGAUGCCAGCCUGCUGAAUUUCCCUCCACCAAUUCCAGCCAUGAGCACUCUGUGGGAUAGCAAAGUAUUUGGCAUUGUGGUUCUGUGGAUCCUCUUUCAGAUGGCUCUCUCCAUGCUCCCUGUUGGGAAGGUUGUGGACGGAAUGCCUCUUAAGGGUGGGAAAAAGUUGAAAUACAGGAUUAAUGGAUUUUACGCAUUUCUCUUCACUGCUGCCGCGUUGGGAGUAGCUAUGUACAAGGGUGUUGACCUCAGCUACAUCCACACACACUUCCUGCAGUUUGCCGUCUCUUCCCUUAUUCUCUCAACGCUUCUGAGUGUGUACCUGUACAUCCGCUCUCGCUGGGCACCUAGUGAUGAACUCGCUCCAGGGGGAAAUUCUGGUAAUGUGAUUUAUGAUUUCUUCAUUGGACAUGAGCUUAACCCUCGAAUUAAAAACUUCGACCUCAAGUACUUCUGUGAAAUGCGUCCAGGUUUAAUUGGUUGGAUUGUGAUUAACUUCGCCAUGCUGCUUGCUGAAAUGAAACUUCAGAAACUUAGUUCUCCUUCAGUGGCCAUGAUUUUGGUUAACUGCUUCCAGCUUCUAUACGUUGUUGAUGGUCUUUGGAAUGAGGAAGCAAUUCUGACCACAAUGGACAUUGUUCAUGAAGGCUUUGGAUUCAUGCUGGCCUUUGGAGACCUGGUUUGGGUACCUUUCACCUACAGCCUACAGGCAUAUUACUUGGUGAAUCAUCCAAAUGCCCUCUCUCUACCGUGGAUUGUGACCAUCGUUGCAAUGAAUUCAAUCGGCUAUUAUGUGUUCCGGAAAUCCAAUUCGCAGAAAAAUGCCUUCAGACGAAACCCUUCUGACCCCAAAUUGUCUUAUCUGCGGACUAUUCCUACUGCAACGGGAAAGUCUCUUCUGGUUUCUGGCUUGUGGGGGUUUGUGCGUCACCCUAACUACUUGGGUGACCUCAUCAUGGCUUUGGCAUGGUCUCUCCCAUGUGGUUUCACCCACAUUUUACCUUACUACUAUGUGAUUUACUUCACUUGUCUAUUGAUUCACCGUGAUGCUCGUGACGAGGCCCAGUGCAGGAAAAAGUACGGCUCAGCGUGGGAUGAGUACUGUCGAGAAGUGCGCUACCGUAUCUUUCCCAAAAUCUACUGAGAUGGGAAACCACUCACCUACACUCAUGUAUGCAGCUCAUUUUGUGAAGACUUCAAGAGACCAGGGAGAAUAGUAAUAUGAAGUAGAUUUGGAAACAUUAGAAAGGUGUUUUUAUUACAUAACAAGAGUAGGACUGGAGACCUGGAGGAAAUAAGCUUACAGCAUAUAGAUUUUUUUUUUUUAAUUUUUACUCUAUUUAAUGACAUUGAAGUGUUAAAGUUUAAGAAAAGGAAAAAUGAUUUAUUGACUGGCUUUUUUGGUUCUUGCCUUUUGUUUUUUUAACAACAGCCUCCUAACCAGGGAAAAGUCUCCAUAUGAUGUAUAUUAUUGUAUAUAUACAUUUUUUUACACAAAGUAUGUCACCGUAACAUUGCAUAAGUCCUCUAAAUUCACAAAGCAUUGCUGUUGUUUUACUUGGCUUUUGUUUUUAAAAUAAUUUGUAAUUAUACCAUUUGGUAUACGGCUUGUGUAUAUUGUAUUUUAUGAGAUAUAAAUGCUCUUUUUUUAUCUGUACAGUAAAACAGGACUCUUGUUCUCCCUCAGGACCAGGACAUUGUGAAAAAAAUUGAUUAGGAAGGUUUGUCUUAAUUCUUGUGUAUAUUUUUAUAUAGAUAUUUAGUUUAAAUGAGCAUGUAAAAAUUGAGUUGGCAUUAAAUGCACUAAUGUGAGAUUGCGUUUUAUAUCCAAAGUCUUUUCAAUUUGGCUUUGCUACCUCAAACUGACUGUCAAAUGUCCUCCCAGACCCUGGACCAUUUUAACUCUGUAGCCUCUCUGCAGUCAAACUGCACUGCUGUGUGUCUUUUGAGCA